GUGUCCUUUUCAGAUGAGCGUCAGCUUUGUGGGGUCUCUUCUCAAGUUUUCACCCGUUAAAUCACCGGUUGUAUCUCACGCUUGUCAUUCUACGUGGACAUCAACUGCAAGAGAGACACUGCGCUAACCCUUAGAUCACGACAAUUAUAUCAAAAUGCCUGGACCAGCAGCAAGUGCAACCAAUGUUGGGGCCUCUAGUCGUUCCCCCAGUAAGACUGUUGCUCCCCGGGCAGCAGGCUCUACAGUCAGGCAAAGGAAGGCUACCAGCAGCGGCACGCGCAGUGGUGGCAGAGCCACAGGGUCAGCUGGCACUGGAGGAAUGUGGCGCUUCUACACAGAAGACUCACCAGGUCUUAAAGUUGGGCCUGUGCCAGUGCUGGUGAUGAGCCUGCUCUUCAUCGCUUCAGUCUUCAUGCUGCACAUCUGGGGGAAGUACACACGCUCCUAAUCCUCCACCUGAUGACCUUUGACCCCGUGAUUUGGCUUCUUAACACGUUGGAACUGGACCAAACAAGAAUUGAACAACUCUACGCUCAUAGUUCCAUAUUUUUUCCAUCAUUGCUACAAACACACACACACACACAUCCAUAUACUGGACUUGUAUGCAUCCUUCAAACUACAUGGUCUUCACCUCAGUCUGUCCACCUGCGUUUUAAAUCUGAUCAGGGGACCUGAAGGACAACCCUGCUGACCUGACCAGGACAUGCCAUUUCUCCAGUCCUUCUAACAAACGUCAUCAGCUGCAGGAAGAUGCAGUGUUGUGCUCAAAGACACUAUAUUUGUUUCCAGGCCCACUGCAAACAUUUCUCUUGGUAGCUCAAAAAUAAUGGUUUUUUUUAAAGCAUCAUUUGUACAAAAAUAAUUGUAAUAUUGUACAAUAAAAGGUAAAACCCA